AGAAAGAGAAAGAGAAAGAAAAAUAAUUAGAAGAACUAACGUGAGCGAUUUUGUCUAAGAGUCAUAGAAGAAGCGCAGUUAACGAAGGUAUAAGACUGCAGAGAGACUGAGAGAGAAAGAGAUCUGGAAGAAGAAAUGAGUGAAGCGCAGAAGCACGUUUGGGAAGGGGCAAUUCCUCUCCAGAUUCACCUCCACGAAUCCGAAGUCACCACUCUCCCUCCUCCUCCACCCGCUCUCGUGUUGGCACCUCGGCUAGGUUAUUUGCCUUUGCUGAUUUCGCUAUUGAAGCCUCAGUUCAGCAGCACGCUUCCACCUGGAGUCGACACCAUUUGGUUUGAGUACAAAGGCCUCCCUCUCAAGUGGUAUAUACCUACUGGAGUUCUUUUUGAUCUUUUGUGCGUGGAGCCAGAGAGGCCGUGGAAUUUAACGGUACACUUCAGAGGAUAUCCAAGUAAUAUAUUACUUCCCUGUGAAGGUGAAGACAGUGUAAAGUGGAGCUUUAUUAACUCACUGAAAGAGGCUGCAUAUGUAAUAAAUGGGAAUAGCAAAAAUGUGAUGAACAUGUCUCAAACUGAUCAGGUGGAGCUCUGGGGCUCUGUUUUAAAUGGUAAUUUGGAAACUUAUCGACGGGUGGCAUCGAAGCUUAAGCUUGGAACUUUUGAAGAUGAAUAUAUGGAAAAUGUUAGUUCAGUCUUGAUUAAAUCUCCACAAAGUCCAGGGGAUACUGAUGUUACGGGACAAGUGAAGACUGGUAGGAUUCCUGUUCGUUUAUAUCUGUGGACUGUCAAUGAGGAGUUUGAUGAUUUUGAAGAUGCUCCACAAAUUGAUAAUUGGGACAAAGUCUCAUAUAUCAAUCGACCUGUUGAGAUUUAUAAGGAAGAUGGUAAAUACUUUAGCUUAAAUGAUGCAGUUAAAAGAAUAUUGCCCGAGUUUUUUCCGGAAAAUUCCUUUGUAACUGAAGGAGAUGCAAACAUCAACCAAAUUGAAGAGGGAGAAAGUUCAUCUGAUCCAGGGUCAUCUUGCAACACACUUGAGAUUGCUGAAAUCAAAUUUGUACGCGUUCAAGGAAUAGAACCAAUUUUAGACAUACCUUUUUCUUGGGUGGUUAGCAACUUGAUGAAUCCCGAAUAUUUUCUUCAUAUGUGUGUUUGCUUAAAAGUUUCAAAGUCCAAUGCUGUGCAAUAGGGAUAAUUUUAGUUAUGUUGGACAUUUUACUGGAAAAAUCAGAAGGUGCAAUUCUUUUGUACAUAUAUGUACAUAACGGUUUCAUAUCAUAUAUUCAUUUCAUGAUUCGAUUGCUAUUUUCCACUUCCAAGUGUAAUAAAUGUUGACAGAUGAUUAUUUUUUAAAUCCAAUCAAGGGUACCGUUUCCCUGCAUAAUUGGCUAUA